AUGAAGUUCGCCAUUGUCGCCUCCGUUCUCGCCGCUGGCUCGGCCGUCUCCGCCGCUCCUACCAAGCGCGAGACCAACUUUGGUGGUGUCGCCGGUCCCCUCGGCGGCCUCCUCGGCGGCAGCAUGGCCGCCCCCGUCGGCGGUGCCGCCCAGAACGGUGUUGCCAACCUCUUCAAGCUCGGUGACGAGAUCCUCAACAUCCCCGGCGACGUCAUCCGCAAGAUCCUUCAGGGCAACCCCAUCGGUGCCGGCACCGGUCUUCUCCAGAACCUCGUCAAGGCCGGCACUGACCUGCCCAAGGAUGCUCUGAGCAUGGUCACCCCCGUUACCGACGCCGUCACUGGCCAGGGCAAGAAGCAGUAA